AUGCCGGCCGUUCGAAGGAUCAUCGGUGGACAUGAAGCGAUUCCGCACAGUUGGCCAUGGCAGGCGGCGUUGCACUGGAAAGUGGGUUUUUUCGUUGAACCGUUUUGUGGUGGUAGCCUGAUCGCGGACCAAUGGGUGCUAACCGCUGCCCACUGCGUCGUCGGACGGACCAAUCCGCGUCUGUAUCACGUGCGACUUGGUCAGUUCAAAAUCGGGUCGCGAGACUCGAAACGUGUGGACAUCGCCUCGGUUCACAUCCAUCCGCAUUACGACCCAAAUAGCAAGCGAAACGACAUCGCUAUUCUUAAGCUUCAAUACCGUAUUACAUACGACAAGAAGAUUUCACCCAUCUGCUUACCUCAGACCACCGAAGAACUUCCUCCAAAAUAUGCCACGUUGUAUGUCACUGGCUGGGGAAUCGAGGACAGUAAGAAAUUCGCUUUGAUCGAAGGAGGCUUUACGCACUGUGUUCGUAUAGUGAUGGGACAGACAAGCGAAACACUGAAAGAAGCAUCGAUCGAAAUGAUUGACCGAAACGACUGCGACAAGUUUUACGAUGCUGUAAACAUGAAAAUCGAUCAUCGGGCGAUGUUCUGCGCCGGAGACCAGACCGGUUUUUCAGAUAGUUGCCAUGGGGACAGCGGAGGACCACUGAUGUAUCUCGAAUAUUCGACGUAUCGAUGGAAACAAUACGGAAUUGUAUCCUGGGGCCAUGGCUGUGCUCAGGAACAAAAACCCGGUGUAUAUACUAAUGUCGUUUACUACGUCGACUGGAUCUAUAGCAUCGUCAAAUGA